UAACAUUAAUGAACCAAUAUUGAUACAUGAUUUUAACUAAAAUCUAUAGUUUACAUUAGUGUUAUAUAGUUCUAUGAGUUUCACUAAAUGGAUAAUGUCAUGUAUCCACCUUUACAGUAUCAUACAGAAUAUUUCUCUACUCUAAAGCGAUCUGUGCUCCACCUACUCAUCUCUUCCUCUCUCUCCUGUACCUUUGGCAACCACUGAUCUUUUCACUGUUUCUAUAGUUAUGCCUUUUCCAAAAUGUUGCAUAUUUGGAAUCACACAGUAUGUAGCCUUACUAGACUGGCUUAUUUCACUUACCGAUACACAUUUAAAGUUCUUCCAUGACUUUUCAUGGCUCCUUUCUUUUCAUUGCUCCUUUCUUUUCAUUGCUGAAUAAUCUUCCAUUUUCUGGAUAUACCACAGUGUAUCUGUUCACUUUUGAAGGAAUAUCUUGGUUGCUUCAAUUUUUUGUAAAGCACUUUUAAAAUAUGAGACUAUACUUGCACAGCCAAAUCAUUUAUUGCCCCAGCAAUUACCAUAGGAUAGAACUCUGUGAGACUCAAUCUGAAGUAAUCUUUCCUUUGUUUUUAUUCUCCUUAUCUCUUUGCUCUCACAUAAAGUUCAAAGGCAAAAAAAAAAAAUUCUGUUAAGUAGGCAUCUCAUUUUAAGCAGUCUUAAAAUAGUGCUUCUAAAUGAUGCUCCAAGUAGCAGCUACAUUAGAAUCAUCAGCGUUCCCUCUUAAAAUUCAAAUUCCUGGGCCCUACUCUUGAUCUACUGAAUCAGAAUUUCUGGGGACGAGCCCAGGUUUCUAUUUUUUUUUUAACAAAGCUACCCAUGUUGCCUACUUUCACUAAAGUUUGAAAGCUGACUACUUUUUUAAUCAAGUUGUGUUUUAGAUAAUGUAUGAUAUAACAUGCUUUCUCCAUUUUUGGAUGUCUCAGGACUGGGAAGAGUAGGAUUGAUGUUAAAGUAUGUGACUGACUCUUCAUUAGAGAGAAGUGAUUUUUACAGAAAUGUACUGAGUAUUAGGGAAAGUAUUUUUUUAUUCUAUGUUGUUUCUUUCCAACAUUCUUUGGAAAUGGGAUGCAUGGAUAUUAUACUGAAUCAUUUACUUUUUCCAGUAUUUCUUCAUCAAGCUGAAGGUACCCAGAAAAAUUACUCCCCUACCUCAAACCAUUACUUAGAUCCACAUUCUUAAGAAGGGCUUAUAGAUUAAUAUUGUUUUUUCAAACCAGGAAACUAUUAUAGUUCAAUAAUGAUUAAUAUUUUGGGUAGUUUUCUGCAUUCUUAUGUUGUUAUCCUUUCAUUUUUUUCCAGCAAAAUGUAUUGCAUUAGAAUUUGAUAGAAUUCUACUGAGUUGGUUAUUGGAUUUUCAAACUCAUAGCAGAAAUCACAACUUUGAAAGCCAAAGCUUUCAUUUGUAAAAAUAGGCUUUUUAAGAGAAUACAACUAUCCUUGAAAAUCAAAGGGAAAACAAUCCUAAAAACCAGUCCAUCAGACUUGUGUCACAAACAGGAAAUUAGAAACACAAUGCAAGAUAAUUUAAGAGUUAAUUUUUUCUCCAUAUUUAGAAAAGAUACCUAUGUGUGCACGCGUGCGCAACACACACACAGAGAUGGAAGAUUUUAGAUAUUAGAGAUAAAUAAGAAAAUAGAUUUUUAGUUGUCCACUAGAAGGCCUAGGACCCUGCUCCCAUUUUUGUCCUUCUAGAUUGAGAGUAUAGAAAUCAUGGCUUGUUUUAAGAAACUCUAAGAGGAGAGAGAGCUGGUACCUUAUUUCCCAAGGAGAUUGCAGGCCUUUUAAAGAAGGCUGUCCAGAAUUGUCUUCAAGAUAAGGAAGGAAUAUGAGAUUAAGGCAGGCAGAUUCCUGGACAAAACAAAGACUUUCCAAACGAAGAAAAUGGGGGUCAUACAAGUGCUUAGAGAAAGCUGGUGGAACUGAAGAUGUCUGGCCUUCAAACAAGGAGAAUGUAGACUGCAUGGACCAACGUGACCAGAUGCCACUGCAGCAUAGCAAGUAUCAACAGCUGUGGUUGGCAUGUACUGAUGAGAAGAGAAAAGGAGAUGUCCAGUUGGACCUAUUUUUAGCCAGACUAUCAUAGUAUUUUUCAACUGGACUGUCACUGCACUUGAACUUGGAAUCUUAUAACUUGAAGAACUUCCCUGGAGAAAAGAAGAAACUUAUAACAAAUGGGAAAUUAUAAAUCUAGACCAACUCAAACUUGUACUGAUGAAUGGAAGAAAAAAGUUAGUGAAUCAUACGUUGUCACAAUAGAAAGAUUAGAAGAUGACCUGCAGAUCAAGGAAAAAGAACUGACAGAACUAAAGCAUAUAUUUGGCUCUGAUGAAGCCUUCAGUAAAGUCAAUUUAAAAUACCGCACUGAAAAUGGGCUGUCUCUACUUCAUUUAUGUUGCAUUUGUGGAGGCAACAAAUCACAUAUUCGAACCCUUAUGUUGAAAGGGCUCCGCCCAUCUCGACUGACAAGAAAUGGAUUCACAGCCUUGCAUUUAGCAGUUUAUAAGGAUAAUGCAGAAUUGAUCACUUCUCUGCUUCACAGUGGAGCUGAUAUACAGCAGGUUGGAUAUGGUGGCCUCACUGCCCUCCAUAUUGCUACAGUAGCUGGCCACCUAGAGGCUGCUGAUUUGCUGCUGCAACAUGGAGCUAAUGUCAAUAUUCAAGAUGCAGUUUUUUUCACUCCUUUGCACAUUGCAGCAUACUAUGGGCAUGAACAGGUCACCCGCCUUCUUUUGAAAUUUGGUGCUGAUGUAAAUUUAAGUGGUGAAGUUGGAGACAGACCCCUCCACCUAGCAUCUGCAAAAGGAUUCUUUAAUAUUGCAAAACUCUUGAUGGAAGAAGGCAGCAAAGCAGAUGUGAAUGCUCAAGAUAAUGAAGACCAUGUCCCACUCCAUUUCUGUUCUCGAUUUGGACACCAUGAUAUAGUUAAGUAUCUGCUGCAAAGUGAUUUGGAAGUUCAACCUCAUGUUGUUAAUAUCUAUGGAGAUACCCCCUUGCACCUGGCAUGCUACAAUGGCAAAUUUGAAGUUGCCAAGGAAAUCAUCCAAAUAUCAGGAACAGAAAGUCUGACUAAGGAAAACAUCUUCAGCGAAACAGCUUUUCACAGUGCUUGUACCUAUGGCAAGAGCAUUGACCUAGUCAAGUUUCUUCUUGAUCAGAAUGUCAUAAACAUCAACCACCAAGGAAGGGAUGGGCACACUGGAUUACACUCUGCUUGCUACCACGGUCACAUUCGCCUUGUUCAGUUCUUACUGGAUAAUGGAGCUGAUAUGAAUCUAGUGGCUUGUGAUCCCAGCAGGUCUAGUGGUGAAAAAGAUGAGCAGACGUGUUUGAUGUGGGCUUAUGAAAAAGGGCAUGAUGCCAUUGUUACACUCCUGAAACAUUAUAAGAGAUCGCAGGAUGAAUUGCCUUGUAAUGAAUAUUCUCAGCCUGGAGGAGAUGGCGCCUAUGUGUCUGUUCCAUCCCCCUUGGGGAAGAUUAAAAGCAUGACAAAAGAGAAGGCAGAUAUUCUCCUCCUAAGAGCUGGAUUGCCUUCACAUUUCCAUCUUCAGCUCUCAGAAAUUGAGUUUCAUGAGAUUAUCGGAUCAGGUUCUUUUGGGAAAGUAUAUAAAGGACGAUGCAGGAAUAAAAUAGUGGCUAUAAAACGUUAUCGAGCCAAUACCUACUGCUCCAAGUCAGAUGUGGAUAUGUUUUGCCGAGAGGUGUCCAUUCUCUGCCAGCUCAAUCAUCCCUGUGUAAUUCAGUUUGUGGGCGCUUGCUUGAAUGAUCCCAGCCAAUUUGCCAUUGUCACUCAAUACAUAUCAGGGGGUUCUCUGUUCUCCCUCCUUCAUGAGCAGAAGAGGAUUCUUGAUUUGCAGUCUAAAUUAAUUAUUGCAGUAGAUGUUGCCAAAGGCAUGGAGUACCUUCACAACCUGACACAGCCAAUUAUACAUCGUGACUUGAACAGUCACAAUAUUCUUCUCUAUGAGGACGGGCAUGCUGUGGUGGCAGAUUUUGGAGAAUCAAGAUUUCUACAGUCUCUGGAUGAAGACAACAUGACAAAACAACCUGGGAACCUCCGCUGGAUGGCUCCUGAGGUGUUCACGCAGUGCACUCGAUACACCAUCAAGGCAGAUGUCUUCAGCUAUGCCCUGUGUCUAUGGGAAAUUCUCACUGGCGAAAUUCCAUUCGCUCAUCUCAAGCCAGCGGCUGCGGCAGCAGACAUGGCUUACCACAACAUCAGACCUCCCAUUGGCUAUUCUAUUCCCAAGCCCAUAUCUUCUCUUCUGAUACGAGGGUGGAAUGCAUGUCCUGAAGGAAGACCCGAGUUUUCUGAAGUUGUCAUGAAGUUAGAAGAGUGUCUCUGCAACAUUGAGCUGAUGUCUCCUGCAUCAAGUAACAGCAGCGGGUCUCUCUCACCUUCUUCAUCUUCUGAUUGCCUGGAGAGUCGCGGAGGACCUGGCAGGAGUCAUGUGUCAGCUCUACGAAGUCGUUUCGAAUUGGAAUAUGCUCUAAAUGCAAGGUCCUAUGCUGCCUUUUCCCAAAGUACUGGACAAUGUUCCUCUCAAGGUCUGUCUUUGGAGGAGAUGAAAAGAAGUCUUCAAUAUUCACCCAUUGACAAAUAUGGCUAUGUAUCGGAUCCCAUGAGCCCUAUGCAUUUUCAUUCUUGCCGAAACAGUGGCAGCUAUGAGGACAGCAGCUGACAGCAUUCAGCGUAUACCUAAGGAGAGUUUUCCCCAAAAUGACAGUAACAAUUCCAACCUUGGCAAGCUGGCUUCCAACUAUAAUAUUUCACUCUCAAAGGUCUCCUUAAAUUGGGCUUAUUUAUAUUGGUCCUAUUUAAUUCCAUAGUACAAGCAGGCUUUGGAUUUGUGCCUAAAUAAUAAUAUGCAAAAGAAAUAAGACAGAAUGUAUAUGAAUAAAUGUUUUUAAUUCUGUAAAUUUAAAAAGUGUAUAUUGUUACUUAGAGAUGGAGCCUAAGUCUGUGGUGGACAGAGAAUAAUUAUGUUUUCCUAGGCUGAGUUAUGUAGACACGUGUCUGACAGCCAUGGGUUUGAUUUCUUAGAACUUUGUUCAUUUUCUUUCCUCAUCAUGUUACUUUUAGUGUUCACCUCUGUGAUUAAAGAUUCUUUGGUGAAAU